AUGUUGUUUCAACUAAUCGCUGCUAGCAUGCUAGCCAUGGCCACAGCCGUACCUGUGCAUAUACAACCAGGCCUCACGGGGCCCGAAUCCAUCAUAGUUCAACCUGGUUUAGCGGGACCUACGCCCAUCAUCGUGGAACCUGGCCAAGCAGGUCCAGCACCUAUUAUAGUCAACCCUGGUGGAGCAGGGCCAGCACCUAUUAUAGUCAACCCUGGUGAAGCAGGUCCGGCACCUAUUAUAGUCAACCCUGGUGAAGCAGGUCCAGCACCUAUUAUCGUCGGCCCAGGUCAAGCCGGCCCUGCUCCUAUUAUAGUCAACCCUGGUGAAGCGGGUCCGGCACCUAUUAUAGUCGGCCCUGGUCAAGCAGGUCCAACACCUAUUAUUGUCAACCCUGGUGAAGCAGGUCCGGCACCUAUUAUAGUCAACCCUGGUGAAGCGGGUCCGGCACCUAUUAUAGUCGGCCCUGGUCAAGCAGGUCCGGCCCCUAUUAUAGUCAACCCUGGUGAAGCAGGGCCGGCACCUAUUAUAGUCGGCCCUGGUCAAGCAGGCCCGGCACCUAUUAUUGUCAACCCUGGCGAAGCAGGUCCGGCACCUAUUAUAGUCAACCCUGGUGAAGCAGGUCCGGCACCUAUUAUAGUCAACCCUGGUGAAGCGGGUCCGGCACCUAUUAUUGUUGGCCCUGGUCAAGCAGGUCCGGCACCUAUUAUAGUCAACCCUGGUCAAGCAGGUCCGGCACCUAUUAUAGUCUAA